GGGGCGGUGCCCGGGCCGCCAUGAGCUCUCCGCCACCCGCCCGCAGGGGCUUUUACCGCCAAGAGGUGACUAAGACGGCCUGGGAGGUGCGCGCGGUGUACCAGGACCUGCAGCCCGUGGGCUCGGGUGCCUACGGCGCCGUGUGCUCGGCCGUGGACAGCCGCACGGGCGCCAAGGUGGCCAUCAAGAAGUUGUACCGGCCCUUCCAGUCCGUGCUGUUCGCCAAGCGCGCCUACCGCGAGCUGCGCCUCCUCAAGCACAUGCGCCACGAGAACGUGAUCGGGCUGCUGGACGUGUUCACUCCUGACGAGACCCUGGAUGACUUCACAGACUUCUACCUGGUGAUGCCGUUCAUGGGCACGGACCUGGGCAAGCUGAUGAAGCAUGAGAAGCUGAGUGAGGACCGGAUCCAGUUCCUCGUUUACCAGAUGUUGAAGGGGCUGAAGUAUAUCCAUGCUGCUGGUGUCAUCCAUAGGGACCUGAAGCCUGGCAACCUGGCAGUGAACGAGGACUGUGAGCUGAAGAUCUUGGACUUUGGCCUGGCCAGGCAGGCAGACAGCGAGAUGACCGGAUACGUGGUAACCCGGUGGUACCGGGCGCCUGAGGUCAUCUUGAAUUGGAUGCACUACACACAGACAGUGGACAUCUGGUCGGUGGGCUGCAUCAUGGCAGAGAUGAUCACGGGGAAGACGCUGUUCAAGGGCAACGAUCACCUGGACCAGCUGAAGGAGAUCAUGAAGGUGACGGGGACGCCUCCUGCUGAGUUUGUGCAGAGGCUGCAGAGUGAUGAAGCGAAGAACUACAUGAAGGGCCUCCCUGAGUUGGAGAAGAAGGAUUUUGCCUCCAUCCUGACCAAUGCAAGCCCUCUGGCCGUGAGCCUCCUGGAGAGAAUGCUGGUGCUGGAUGCGGAGCGGCGGGUGACGGCGGCCGAGGCGCUGACCCACCCCUACUUCGAGUCGCUGCAGGACACGGAGGACGAACCCAAGGCCCAGAAGUACGACGAGUCCUUUGAUGACAUGGACCGCACGCUGGACGAGUGGAAGCGUGAGUGGGUGCUCUGGGCAGGGCCUGUGCUGGGCCCCCGACCCCGUGCAGGUGGCCAGGCUCAGAGCCCUGGGUACCCCCACCCCGGGAUGCAGGUCAGGAUGUCCCUGCUUACGGAGACAGCCUGUGGGGCCAAGGCCUGCCUAGCCACUCUAGGGGCAGUGGGUUUGGGUUACAGCAGCCCUGUCAGGGUGGACAGUCCCUGUGGACGGACAUGGGCUGGCUGAGAGUGGCUCUGGCCUGCGAUGAAGUUGCAUGUGUGGGACAAAAGGAGCCUGCCUGGCACCUGCACCUCAGCAGUGACCUCUGACCCUGGUGUUUUUGGGGGCGGGUCAGUGGCUAACAGCCUGUGCUCUGGGCCUGGGAGCUCUCCCCACCUCCAGCCUGAGUGGGGUCUCACAGGACUCAUCACUUGUCAGGGCAAGCACCAGUGAGCUGGGCCCAGUGCUCGUCUCAGGCUGCUGGCGUCUGCCCUUGGUGUGCUGUGGGAGCUGAUUCUGGUUGUGUGACCCAGCCCCUCCUCCCAUGACUCUCCAUCUCUGUCGCUCUCACCCCACCCCAGGUGUCACAUAUAAAGAGGUCCUCAGCUUCAAGCCUCCCCGGCAGCUGGGAGCCAAGGUCUCCAAGGAGACAGCCCUGUGAAGAGCCCUG